AUGUCAACUGAAAUACUGAACGGAAGGCUUGCGCUCAUUACAGGCUGCACCGGAGGGAUUGGCCGCGCUACCUCCCUCGCCCUUGCUCGCCUCGGGUGCUCUAUCCCAAUUCACUAUCAUUCCGCCAAGGAAAAGGCCACAGCGCUAGCAGAUGAAUUGAAGACUGUCAAUGCUCACAUUCACGUUGAAGUCUUCCAAGCAGAUCUCAGCAAGAUGGACGAUGUUAGAAGGCUCCACGCCGAGGUUGUAGCCCAGAUGGGCCACCCUGACAUCCUGUUCAACAACGCUGGAAUUACCGGCCCCGGGGCCAGCAUCGGAGCCAGAAGUAACAUGGAGGAUAUGAGUCUCGAGGCGUUUGAACAUACCUGGAGGACCAACACGGCACAGGCAUUUCUGGUCCGUCGAUCAUCAUAA